AUGGGCGCAAACUACAUGGAACUCCAGCCAGGCGCUCAGGUCCCGCCCCAAAUGUUGAAGAGCCGCCAGACAAAAAGCUACUCGAAGCGCAAGAAGACAAGGGUAUUCGCUCUCCUGCGCCGUCGGACCUGGGCGUUCCCAUUGUUCCUCACGAUCGCGAUCCUCUCUCUCUACGCCGUCAAUCCGACCGACUCUAACCCGACGUACCAUUUCAUAUUCCCCUCCUACAAGCUCGACGAUGACAGCGCCGGGACAAUUCAAUAUGGCAAGGGACCUUGGGACAUCGCCUUCGUUGCCUUCUACACAAUAUUCCUCACCUUCACCCGUGAGGUCUGCAUGCAAGAGCUCCUGACGCCCCUCGCUCGCGCAUGGGGCAUCAAAUCCCGCGCCAAGCGCGCACGCUUCGCGGAGAACAUGUACACAGCACUCUACGUGACCGUCAUCGGGCCCUGGGGUCUCCACGUCAUGAGCCGUACGCCAGUGUGGUAUUUCGACACCCACGGGAUGUAUGAGGGCUUCCCGCACCGCACGCACGAUGCCAGCUUCAAGUGCUACUACCUCCUACAGGCAGCGUUCUGGGCGCAGCAGGUGGUGGUGAUGGUGCUGGGCUUGGAGCAACGGCGCAAGGACUUCCAUGAGCUUGUCGCCCACCACGUCGUCACGGUUGCGCUCGUUGCGCUGAGUUAUCGCUUCCAUUUUGCGUAUAUGGGUAUUGCGGUGUACAUCACGCACGAUAUCAGCGAUUUCUUCCUGGCAGUGUCAAAGUCGCUGAAUUAUCUCGACAACAAGCUUCAAGGGGUGUCGUUUGGGGUGUGUAUCGCAGUGUGGAUCUACCUCCGGCACUACAUCAAUCUGCGGAUUCUCUAUUCUGCGCUGCCUGGAUCCGAGUUCAGUACCGUUGGGCCAUAUGAGCUGAACUGGGAGACUGAGCAGUAUAAGUGUCCGCUGUCAAACUUCAUCACCUUUGGCCUCCUGGCUUUGUUGCAGGCACUGAACCUGUUCUGGCUGUAUUGCUUACUGCGCAGCGCUUACAAGUUUGUCUUCUUGGGGGUUGCCAAGGAUGAUAGAUCGGAGGACGAGGAAGUUCCCACAGCUCAGCGCGUCGUUCAAAAGGAAGGACAUGUAAUGACAGCGUCGGAUGUGUCAUCCCACAGUCUUGAUGAACCCAGGCCUCUAUUAUCGCAAGACUCUGUGCAGCAGAGAAGGCCUAGAAAGGCAACGACAUAG